AUGACAACACCAAUUCGUAUAUCAUCAUUACUUCCUGAAAAAUCACCGACUGUAACCAGAGAUGAUUGUUCAUAUUAUGGACGAGUCAAUACAACUGGCUUCGGUUUUAUAGGAUCAUAUGAAGGAAUUCCAGAAAAUAUUUUAGUUAAUUUAGUUGUUUCAUCAAGACGAUGGUUAUGGAUUCGAGAUUUAUUUAUAAUUAGUGAUUGGGAUGUUUAUCGAGAUUGCUCACCAGAUGCAUAUUAUUAUCUUUUAUUUCAUACUUAUUUAAUUACUUAUUUACUUUUUGUAACAAUAUUUUCAUUGGCUACUGUAUUACCGGUUCGUUUGCUAGGAAUACAAAAAGCAUAUCCAGCAUAUAAUAUAAUACAUUUAACUCUUGCUUAUAAUAUAGCUCAAUUACAACAUUGUUAUAAACGACGUGAACUUAAUCUUCGUAUUUGGCAACAAAGUAAAAAAAUGUUUGAAGAAAGGGGUAAACGACCUGUUGUUUAUAAUAAUAAAUGUGGACAAAUGUGUGGUGUAAUGUUGCGCAAAAGAGAACGUGUCGAAUAUGAAUAUUUACAUGUUCGAACAAAAAAAUGUGGAUUAGCAUUUGUAACAUUUUCAACACCUGUCGAAGCACAUAGAGUUCGUUCAAAUUUUCAACCAACAUGUUUUGCUGCAGAUCGUCGACCAAAACCAUCUAUAAGUAAUUCAAUUGAUAUACAUGAAUGGAAUGUUAGUUUUGCACCAAGAGUAACGAAACAAAUUCAAGUACCUAUUUUUUCAACAUCUGUUAUGUCAGUAUUAUUAUUAUGUAUAUUUGCUGCUGCAAUGCCAUCAUUUGUUAGUGUAACAUCAUUACAUGAAAAACAAUGGAAAAAAUCAGCAUUAGAUAAAUCAAUGAUGAUUAAAUUAUUUGUUUAUCUUUCAAUGAUGAUAUUAAUAUUACAAUCAUCACGUUUAAUAAGAUAUUCUUGA